AUGCCCUCGGUGAAUCCAGAUGAAAUUACAAAUGGCUCGGGAAUGCAUAAAAUGUUGGGAGGGCUCUCACAAUUAACACCUAGACCUCGAUUGUCUGGUAUGCCUUCAAACUUAACAGGACAAUCGAUGUUUAAAAUAGGGCAUCAAAAAAUCAAUAUAGAUGUUGAUUUAUCAAAUAAUUUCAUUGAAGGAGUUACAGAAAUUACAGUUUUACCAUUAUCCAACAAACUAAAAAUAAUCAAAUUGGAUUGCCGUGAAAUGAAAAUUAAAAACAUAUUUAUUAAUGGAAUAAGAAAUUUAAAUUACAUUUAUGAUGACAUGCUAUACAUGAAUGAUCCUUCGAUGUUUGGAGAUGAUAUUCCAGACGACAAAAUCAAUGUAUUUGACUUAUAUUCGGAUAGAUACAACAUGCACCAACACCAUUUCAUAAAGCAAAAAUUAAAUUACAUAUUUGCGGAGAAGUAUGAUCGUGAAGAGGAAGAUCCGCUUGACAUAAUUAACACUCAGGAAUUGAAAAUUCUACUACCUGAUAAUAUGAAGUUUGAAUUAACUGAUGUGAACUCGAUAACAACUCCAUUAGGUAGUCAACCAAAUACAAUGACUCCUACUCAUUUAAAGUCUAAGAAUACAUUGAGUGAAGUUUAUACACCAAUUCAUAUUAAAAUUGAAUACAGUUUGAAAAAUUCAAAGAAUGGAAUAAAUUUUGUGACAAAUGAAGAUUUGAAUAAAAAAUCAUGGCAUGUCUAUACUAGUAAUUCAGAAUACAACGUUUCCACAUCAUCAUGGGUUCCUUGCAUAGAUAGUUUAAACAGUCGAUCAACAUGGUCACUAGAGGUAAGUGUGCCUAGAACUUUACGAGAUAUUGGACAUCCUAGGUUGAUAGGAUCAAAAGAGGCUUCUCGUUAUUUUUUGGAGCAAAAGAAAAGAACUGAAAGCAAUGAAGAAGACGAUGUGGAAGAUAAUGAAGAUAAUCCAGAUUUGGUUGUUUGUGCCGCAGAUGUAAAUAAUGUUAAGGAAACUCCACACCAAAUAGAUCUAUCGAAAAAAGUAGUUUCUUGGUCCAUUUUUAAUUCAGUUUCGGCACAUCAUGUUGGCUGGGCAAUAGGAUUUUUUGAUAGUUUUGUUUUAGUUGAAAAUUCAGCAUCUAAUAAUAACGAUUUUGAUGAUAUUAAUGAAAAUAAUGAUGUUAAUGAUUUUAAUGAGAAAGAAAGCAACAGUUCUCCAAUUACCAUCUAUGCAUUACCAGAAGAUAUGGAAUUGGCGAAAAAUACUUGUAUUAUAGCACAUAAAGCAUUGGAUUAUUUUCUGAAUGAAUUUGGUUCAUUUCCUUUUAGUUCAUAUAGUUUUGUAUUUAUCAAAUUUUCACCUGUGGGGCAUAAUGGGUAUGCUGGAUUAUCAAUCAUGUCAUCAUCAUUACUUUAUCCCCCGGACCUAAUUGAACCAAUGUUCACCACCACUGAUGUCUUAUUGAGGAGUAUUGCUAGUCAAUGGUCAGGAAUAAAUAUUGUACCUCGUAGUUUUGAAGAUAUAUGGUGUACAAUAGGAAUUGCUGGAUUUAUGGCAAUUUCUUUUAUUGAAAAGUUAAUGGGAACUAAUGAGUAUCGAUAUAAGUUGAAGAAGUUAAAUAGCAAAAUAGUUCAAGAGGAUAUCAACAAACGACCUCUUGCUAAUCCAUUUUUAAAAUACCCCGUGUCAGAAAAUGAUUUAGAUUUCAUUAAGCUAAAAUCACCAAUGAUUUUUUUCAUUUUAAAUAACAGAAUGACCAAGACGGAUAAAUCAUUUGGACUAUCGAGAGUAAUUCCAAAACUUUUUUUACAAGCUAUGUCUGGUGAAUUACCAAAUGGAUCAUUAGGAACUGAUCAUUUACAAUACGUAUGUGAAAAAGUUAAUAGGAAUAAGUUGGAAAGUUUUUUCAAGCAAUGGGUGUUUGGUGCUGGUACGCCAAGCUUUAAGAUAAGUCAAAGGUUCAACAAAAAGAAAGGUAUGAUCGAAAUGAUUAUACGGCAAGUUCAACAUCAUGAAAACAAAGAAGUGCCAUUAAAUACAAAUUCAUUUAUAGAUGAUGCUUUAUGCUACUUGAAUAAAGAACCUGUGACUAUAAGGCAGAAUGUGUUCACUGGUCCAAUGACUAUUAGGGUUCAUGAGUCCGAUGGUACGCCAUACGAACAUAUCAUUCAUAUAAAAGAAAUGAAAACUACAAUCGACAUACAAUUGUCCAAAAAAAUUCGAAAAAUCAAGAAAAAAGAUGAAGGAGUAGAUCCAGGUAUUAAUUUUAAUCAGUUUGGAGAUGUUUUAACCAAGGACCAAGAGAUGCAAAGAUGGGAAUUGAGAGAUUGGGAUAAAAGAGAUGAAGAUUCUUUAGCAAGUGAACCAUUUGAAUGGAUUAGGGGAGACGUUGACUGUGAAUGGAUAGCUAAAGUUGAUGUUUUGCAACCAGACUUUAUGUUCGGAUCACAACUUGUGUAUGAUCGAGAUGUUGAAGCUCAAAUUGAUGCCAUCAGGUAUCUUGGGGAAAUUGAAAAACCGUCUAUUGUUUAUUGUACAGCAUUGGUGAGGACAAUAAUGGAUGAAAGGUAUUUCUACGGUGUAAGAAUUGCAGCAGCUGAAUCCUUAACUAAUCAUUCGAAUGAGUCGAACGAUUUUAUUGGAGUAAAGUAUUUGAUUAGAGCCUAUAAGCAGCUAUAUUGUUUUCCUGAUAGUACAAUUCCAAAAUCAAAUGAUUUUAAUGACUUUAAAUCCUUUUUGAUUCAAAGAGAAAUUCCAAAUAUUUUAAGUAAAGUUAAAAAUCAUGAAGGUAAAGUUCCAUACGAAAUACAAAAUCUCAUAUAUAACUUAGUGAAGUAUAACGAUAAUUCUAUGAAUGAAUAUCAAGAUUCGUUAUACAUGAGAGAUUUGAUCAUUGCUUUAACGACUUGUGCAAUAAGUGGAUGGCGAAAAGAUUUGCCUGAAAGUAACAAUGUUGAUUUUGCUGAGAAAGUUUAUGAGGAAAUUGUUAGGAUACAGAAAUUGGAUGAAUGGAGACCAUCUUUUCAAAAAGUAUUACAGAUUACAUGUGUACGAUCAAGAAUACGAAUGGCACUAGCAGGAGCAAUAAAAAUACCCUUGGAAGAGUUGUUACUCAACACAUUAGAUGAUAAUCCAAUUGAUAUAAGAAUUGAGUCGUUUAAAGGCUUGUUGUUGUUGAGCGAUAUGAGUAAUGAAGAGAUUAAUGAGUAUUUUUUGAAAGUUAGCCUUUUAAACUUUUACAGAACAUUGUACACCAAGAAGUUGAUUUCAACGUUAAUUGAGUCUAUAUGUUUGAUUGCAAUUAAUGGGAGUUAUAACAAUUUUGAAGAUGAGCGGAGUGAAAUAACUAAUGCUAAUACGGGUCCAUUGGAUUCUUCCAGGAUGUUAAUAAUUGAUGAAGGGUCGAGUUCUGACAUGAAAUCAAAGCAUGACAAAUCUGCUAGAACAACUAUAAUGGGUGCAAUAGAAAUAUUAAGAAGAGACUUGGCACCAAAUACGAGUUUGCAAAAUAUUUUAUGGGAAUUACUUCAUUCGUCUUUACUUGGAAACCUUGAAAAAAGAAAUUUAUUCUUGAUUUCAGAAAUUUUAUAUCAAGAACAUGAUUCUUUAAUUGUAAAAUUACCAGUCCCAAGCUUACCUUUGCAAGAAUUCAAGAAAAAAGUCGUUGCUAAACAUUUAGGUGACGGAAAGAUUGUUUUAAGAAGAGAAGGUAGGUUUAAAAUCCAAUUGAUAUCGAGAAAGUCUUCUAAUGCUUUGAUAUCAAGUAGAAAAUCCAGCAAAGUAGAGGAAAAUGGUCACAACAACAGACAUCAUCAUCAACAACAUCGUCCUCAAUAUCAAUCAUCUAAUUCGAGUUUCCAAGAAUCUGGCUUCACAAAUUUUAAAAGACCCGCACUAAAAAUAUCAUUCAAAUCUUCAUCGGAACAUCAUUCGAAUACCAAAAGCGAAAGACGUAGAUCAGAAACUGAAUUGAUCGAAAUAUCCGACAAUGAGUUUCCAGACUCACCGGUGACUCUUGGAUUUGAGUCAGAGUAUGUUAAGACUCACGGAAGUUUAGUUACUAUCAAACUCGAAAAACUCAAAGUUCCCACAUCUUCUUUAGUAAAGUUAGAUCCAUUUGACAAAGGUUUAAUUAAAUUCAGGUUCAAUAACAAGCAUGCAUUACUAGAUAUCACAUCCCAUUCAAAAAAUAAAACAGAUAAUUCUCAGUCUUUGGUGACAAUCGAUCCUUAUAAUCAUACUUUAGUAACCAUAAAGCUGAAGAAGUUGACAUGA